AUGGCGGAGGCUGCGGUUACCGGGGCGACGGCGGCUAAAGGACCACCGCCCGUCGCCUCCCCUUCCUCCUCCUCCUCCUCCUCCUCCUUCUCCUCCGUGCCCCCGGGCGGCGGCUGGACCAAGCAGGUGACCUGCAGAUAUUUCCUGCACGGGGUGUGCAAAGAAGGGAACGGGUGCCGCUACUCCCACGACCUAUGUGCUGGGCAGUCGUCGGUGGUGUGCCGCUACUACCAGCGAGGCGGCUGUGCCUACGGAGACCGCUGCAGAUAUGAACACACCAAGCCCGCCGGGCAGGAAGACCCAGCUGCGGCCAAAGCCCAGCCCCCGGAGCCCCCCGCUGACCCCGGGCGGGCCAGCCCGGCCCCCGCCGAGGACUGGGUGAACGCCGUGGAGUUCGUGCCCGGCCGGCCGUACUGCGGCCGCGGGACCCCACCCUGCCCCGGCGCCGCGACCGAGGAGGAGCCGGAGACCAAGCCGCCGCCGCCGCCGUCGGCCGACAUGAAGAAGCAACUGUGCCCGUACGCCGCGGUGGGCGAGUGCCGCUACGGGGAGAACUGCGUCUACCUCCACGGAGACCCCUGCGACAUGUGCGGGCUGCAGGUCCUGCACCCGGUGGACACCGCCCAGCGAUCGCAGCACAUCAAGUCUUGCAUCGAGGCUCACGAGAAGGACAUGGAGCUGUCGUUCGCCGUCCAGCGCAGCAAGGACAUGGUGUGCGGCAUCUGCAUGGAGGUGGUCUACGAGAAGGCCAACCCCGGCGAGCGCCGCUUCGGCAUCCUGUCCGACUGCGGCCACGCCUACUGCCUCAAGUGCAUCCGCAAGUGGAGGAGCGCCAAGCAGUUCGAGAGCAAGAUCAUCAAGUCCUGUCCGGAGUGCCGGAUCACUUCCAACUUCGUCAUUCCGAGCGAGUACUGGGUGGAGGAGAAGGAGGAGAAGCAGAAGCUCAUUCAGAAGUACAAGGAGGCCAUGAGCAACAAGCCGUGCCGGUACUUCGACGAAGGGCGCGGGAGCUGCCCGUUCGGCGGGAACUGUUUUUACAAGCACGCCUACCCCGACGGCCGCCUCGAGGAGCCGCACAGGCAGAAAGUGGGGCCGGCCGGCAGAUACAGGGCCCAGCGGAGGAACCGCUUCUGGGAACUGAUCGAGGAGCGGGAGAGCGGCGGGCCGCCGGACCCCGACGAGGACGAGGUGGUGACCUUCGAGCUGGGCGAGAUGCUGCUCAUGCUGCUGGCGGCCGGCGGGGACGACGAGCUGACCGACGACUCGGAGGACGAGUGGGACUUGUUUCACAGCGAGCUGGACGACGACUACUACGACCUGGAACUAUAGCCGGCCGUUCGGGUGGGCCCUCGCCCGCCCCCGCUCCCUCUCUCCCCCGGAGAACCUGUGUGCCUGCGUGCGUGGCUGUGUUUGGGUGCGUGUUGCGUCCUCUGUUUCAAGAAAAAGAAAAGGAGAAAAAAAAAAAAGGGAAAAAGAAGCCCCCCCCCCCCAAUAAAUCUUCAACUUGGUCUUU